CACACACACACACACACACACACAGGGAGGGCGAGGCAGGGCUUCCAGUUUUUCAGCAGCAGGAAAGUUUCUGUUUUCGUGUUUUUGGUUGGACUUGGAGUCGAUGUUUGAGGACCGAGUUGUCAUGGUGACCACUGAGACCCACCAGAGCCAAGACCUGCGGGUCCCCCCCCAGGGCCAGAACACGGACCAGAACCAGGACCAGGAACAAGACCAGGACCAGGACCAGGACCAAGACCAGGCCUCACCCUCGUCCCUCCUGGCAGGAUUUGACCCAGAGACAAUGAGUCAGGGUCCCGUCAACGCCAUCACCGUCCUCACCCUGCUGGACAAACUGGUCAACAUGCUGGACGCCGUGCAGGAGAACCAGAACAAAAUGGAGGUGCAUCAGGUGGAGAUGGAGGGCGUGGUCAGAGGGAUCCAGGCUGAUAUGACCAAACUAUCAAAGAGCCACAGUCACACAUCGAACACUGUCAGCAAACUUCUGGACAAGAGUCGCAAACUGUCAGUCACCAUGAAGGAGGUUCGGGAUAAGAUGGAGCGUCAGGGUGUUCAGGUGAAGAAGCUUGAGGCAAAUCACGCCCACCUGAUAAACCGAAACAACUUCAAAGUCCUAAUCUUCCAGGAGGAAAACGAGAUCCCCUCCACUGUUUUCGUCAAGGAUCCUCCUCCGUUCCCCCGGGAUGAGAUUAUAGAAGAAGGCAUUGAAUUAGUUCCAGGUGUUGUCGAUGGAAACCGUUCCCAGGAGAGCGGGCUCCAGACCAUCGACUUAUCAUCAGAUGAGGAUGUUGGACUGGAGGCAGAGCUCGAGGAGGAGGAGUUUUGGCCUCAUGAUCUGGAGAACAUGGAGAAAUCCAGAGCCGAGAAACUGAAACGCUCGAGUCUGAAGAAGGUGGACAGUCUGAAGAAGGCAUUUUCAAGGCAGAACAUUGAGAAGAAGAUGACGAAGAUCGGAACAAAGAUUGUUUCUCAGGAGCAGCGAGAGAAGAUCAAACAGAAAACCUCCAGUCUGAAGGUUUCUCCUUUGACCUUCAACAUCAGGAAGCCUCGCAGCAGCUCCGACUCUCAGCCCCCCGACACCUCCAUCCAGACCCCUGACAUCUCCAUCCAGACCCCCGAAAUCUCCAUCCAGACCCCCGACAUCUCCAUCCAGACCCCCGACAUCUCCAUUCAGACCGGGGAGUCUGUCCUCACUGAGGCUGACAUCCAGCUCUCCCCAAUGGGCAGCACUGACCAGGAAGUCCCCUUCACUGAGGUCCAUGCCCAGCUGGCUCCUGUUGAGCAGGAGGAGAAACAGGAGGAGGGAGGCGAGGAGGUGACCGGUGUGGAGGCGGAGCUGUCUGUGGUUUCAGAGGAGGUCAGUCAGGAGUACGCCCUGUCCUCCACCCUGCCUCAGGAGGAGAAAGGAGAGAAGGAAGGAGCAAAGGAGGAGAGACAGGAUGAAUCCUAAACACUCACAAAUCUUCAUUAAGAACAAACAGAUUAAAGAACAUUUCAGCUGUUGCUGAUUUGUUCCUUUAAGGUCUGUGGCUGUUUUAUUAAUGAUGACGAUAUUGCUAAUCCUUCACACAAAUAUAUUAAAUGUUCUUAUCUGAUUAACACGUCACUCUGAAAACUACAUAUCUACAACUACAGUUUAAACUCCUACAAAACCAACACAAACGGCUUAUUUUAGAUUGUAGGUGCAAAGUUUUUUAUGAAGUUGGAGAAUGUUAGCAUUCAAUGACAAACUGAUACAAAUAAAACUGUGGAGAUAUGUGUUUUUUACAGGACUUUUUUCUCAUUAAUAUUGUUGUAUUCUUUGAUCUCUUAUAAACAUGAUAACUAAUAAUCUGCUGGUUAAUAUGCAACAUGGAACAAGGAAACAUGGAACCCAACUGACCAUCUGAACCUGUCAAUCAUUCUACCCACAAAGAACCUACUAACAUGGUGCUAAACAAAACGUUCCUUUUAAGGUUCCUUUGACUAUCUAUUGAUGUUUCUCAAACAUUCUCCUACAGAGUUCCUCAAAGGAAUGGCUCCUCAUAGCACCUUAUAAGGUCCAACUAUGGUUGCCUAGGGUUAUGCAUCAAUAAAGGGUUCCCUUACAGUUCCUUAUAUGUUCCUCUAAGAUUCCCCAAAGGUUCUUCCAACAUUCCACUUGGGUUCUCCUCUAAGGUUCUCUUAAGUUUCCUUUAAGAGGUCCCAAACAUACACAGUUUGUGAUGGUAUAUAAGAGUUAAAGUGAUGGUAUAUACAGAUGUAAAUGGUGGUAUAUAAGAGUUAAAGUGAUGGUAUAUACAGAGUGUAAAUGGUGGUAUAUAAGAGUUAAAGUGAUGGUAUAUACAGAGUUAAAGUGAUGGUAUAUACAGAGUUAAAGUGAUGGUAUAUACAGAUUAAAAUGGUGGUGUAUGCUGUUUUUUUGUGUCGAAUAUAAAUUGAAGUUUAAAACUUUUGUUAGCUGUCACUCUUAAAUUUUGACAUUUUUAACACUUUGUGGUGCCAAAGAACAUUUCCUGUAUGAUGCUUGUUGCCUGUCAAUCACCUUACAGCUGUGUGUGUGAAUCACAUGAACACAACAUAAUAAAGUAUUGUUUUACCACA